AUGAAUGACAUCAGAGUAGGAGCCUUAUCUCUGAUGAUUUUCUUCGCCGCGACGACUUUCACAGGUAAGGCAAGGAGAAAGCCGAAGCAAGGCUCAAUUUCAGACACGAAGGACCUCGAAGCGAUUCUUCUGCCGCAGCAGCACACUUCCGUCGGCAGUGACGGCGAAUAUGUCGUCGAAAAAGACGUGCAGCUCGGCGAGGAGACGUCCGCCAGACGCGCCUGCAUCUCCAGUUAGUUUUCUUUUUUCGUUGUCUCGUCUGGUUGGUUUGAAAAGAUUCCAUGAAUACCAUAAAUAGUCAAAUUUUCCCGAGUUGAAGUUGAGGGAGGCGGGGCAAGGGGCGGGACGCGUAGCGUGUCCGUACGCGGCUCUUGGCACGAGUUCAAUUCAAAAUCUCUGUAUUUUUGUAUCUAUUCUAUUAUUUUUAAUGCAAACAUGAAAAAAAUCAAUAAAUAACUGAAUAAGAAAAGGAAAGAGCGAUAAGCUCUCCAAGCUUAGGAAUUUUAGAGUGGUCCCUAUGAGGGUUAGGGGGAAAAAGCCCCUAUAGAAACCGAAAAAGAGCUCUCCAUAGGGGUGAAACCAAGGUGGUCCCUGUAGGGGUCAAGGAUCUGACCCUUUAGCCCCUAAAGCUUGAGUGGCCACUAUAGGGGUUUUUCAACUUCAUUUAAAAACGCUCAAUUAUAUUCGGAAAACGCUUUUUUAUUUAGUAUUGGCAUGGAAAUGCUUCUUCGCAAAGAGGUCAUAAAAAGCAUGUCCCUAUAGGGGCCACUAACUGGAACUCCUGUAGGCACCACUUUUGCAAGCUUUAAUGGUCACUAUAGGACUUGGUAAAGUGGUCUCUAGAGGGAGCCCUCCUAAGGUUGCCUCUAUAUGUAUAUUCUUUUUCUGCAGGAGAGGAAGCAGCCGCUACGGGACUUCUGUCGAAGGAAACGACUUCCUUCAACGACACCGAACCCUUCAAUGGCACCUUAGUCGAAGAUGUUCCUUAUUUUCCAUUGCGAAGCACAAUCUUAAUUUCAGACCAUGGAGCUGAGGAUCUUCAAGCCGCUGUGCGACGACUGA